UCGCUAUGUUGCUCAGGCUGGUCUUGAACUCCUGAGCUCAAGCGAUCCGCCGGCCUCAGCCUCCCACAGUGCUGGGAUCACAGGCGUGAGCCACCCCACCUGACGCGUCACCACAAUUGUGUCUGCCUCCUGGGUGACAUGAGGAUGAAACGAAAUAGGAUUUUAAGGGCUCAGGACUCCACACACCGUAGGGGUGAGCUCUGCAUCGCUGGGAGAAACCAAGCGGGCUAUGGCUGUGGUAGGGCUCCUCUCGGAGAUCCUGGCUGGCCUUGACCCUGAGGACCACCCCUGCCCGGCCCACAGGCCCCUGCCCGGCUGCCUGCCUGCCCCAGCCAGCUCCCAGGUAAAGAGACUCUCGGCUCCCAGGCGGAAACAGCACUUCAUCAACCAAGCCGUGCGGAACUCAGACCUCGUGCCCAAGGCCAAGGGCCGGAAGAGCCUCCAGCGCCUGGAGAACACCCAGUACCUCCUGACCCUGCUGGAGACAGACGGGAGCCCACCUGGCCUGGACGAUGGGGACUUGGCACCCCCUGCAUCACCGGGCAUCUUUGCCGAGGCCUGCAACAAUGCCACCUACGUGGAGGUCUGGAACGAUUUCAUGAACCGCUCCGGGGAGGAGCAGGAGCGGGUUCUUCGCUACCUGGAGGAUGAGGGCAGGAGCAAGACGCGGAGGAGAGGCCCUGGCCCUGGCCGUGGGGAGGACCGCAGGAGAGAGGAUCCCGCCUAUACGCCCCGUGAGUGCUUCCAGCGCAUCAGCCGGCGUCUGCGAGCCGUCCUCAAGCGCAGCCGCAUCCCCAUGGAAACACUGGAGACCUGGGAGGAGCGGCUGCUUCGGUUCUUCUCCGUGUCCCCCCAGGCCGUGUACACAGCCAUGCUGGACAACAGCUUUGAGAGGCUCCUGCUGCACGCCGUCUGCCAGUACAUGGACCUCAUCUCGGCCAGCGCCGACCUGGAGGGGAAGCGGCAGAUGAAGGUCAGUAAUCGGCACCUGGAUUUCCUGCCUCCAGGGCUGCUCCUGUCCGCCUACCUGGAGCAGCACAGCUGAUGGUGGCCCCACGGAGACCCCGCCGCUGCCUCGCCCAGCCACCAAGCCCUCCGAUACCUUCGGCUGAAAUAUCUUUCAUAUUUUUAGAAUUGGUCCUUGGAAACCUUUUUCGCUUGGGGUGGUCUCUCUCCCUCUGCCCCCUCCUCAUGCAGCUCUUGGCAGUCAACAGACGCUGGCGGCUGGGGCUGCCCAUGCCAUCCCAGCUCCAAGCUUCCCGCUCUGGGACUUGUAUUUGGGUGGAGAGACCUGAUCUGGGCUUGUUCUGUUUCUUCAUCGUUUAGCUUUUCUGGCCCAGUCUGAAGCUCAAGUGAGGAGGGCGAGGCUGGGUUUUUAUCACUUUUAAUGAAUUUGGUGUGAUUUGUUGUAGAUUUUUAAAUUUCCCUUUUGGAGAGAAAAACCAAAAAAACUCGUCCCCACUGGUAAAGCAUGGGUCUUGGUCCAAGCCCCUGCUCAGCCCCUCCCAGUUUUUAGCUUGAAUGAGGGUGGGGUCUCUGGGACCCUGCCCCUCAUGCCAGAUGCAUCUUGUGUCGUGUGUGUGUGCGCGCGCGCACGUAUGCCCUGAGACCCAGGACAGAAGCUGCAGUCCUAAGAGCUGGCUUUAUCCUCGUCAUUCUGGGUGCCCUCCCCCACACCGCCUGUGUCAGGGCUCAGGGUUGCCUGCUUUAUACGAGCCCCCCUCCUUUCCUCCCCUCCUUCAUACUGGGGGUCCAGGACUUCCAGCCAGAAGCCUCUGCCCUUGCACUACUUUGUCUGUCCCCCCGUCCCGUGUCCCCCGUCCCACAGCCUGGCACCUGCCUGAUAGCUCCUGUGUCCCCAUGCUGGUCCUCCUGGCCCAGGCUGCAGGAGCCAGCCUGGGGAGGCCUCCUACCCCCUCGCUGCGUGUGGGUAAUUGUGUUUUGGGGGAAAGCGGGCAAUUUAAUAAAUUUCUGGUGCUCUGGC